ACAUGCGCUAUUAAAAAAAAGAAAAUGAAUGAAUAUUAAUAUGAAUACAGUUUCACCAGACUAAAAUAGCUUUUGGUAAGAAUUCAGGUACAGAAGUUAAGUAAUCAAAUGUUAAAUAGCACUGCAUAGAUUUACUUUUAUAAUUAAUUCAAUAAAUAGUCAUAAGACAGUAACAGGCCUUAAAACCUGUGUAAAUGAUCAACUUUUGCUCCAUUAUAGUAAGAAUCUGGUAGAAACUAUCUUAGAAACUAUAUUCCCAAUUCAACGUUGCAGUUUGUGCAAUGUAUCUGUUGCCGAUGUACAGUGGGAUAUUGAUGCUAAAACUAUUGUGCAGCCCUAUAGUAUCUGUAAUGAUUACACAAUGUUCACUUAGUACUAAGGGGUCCAGAGUAUACCGAGGAAAUAGUCUUCACUUCACCGCCAGCAGCUGCUUGAAAAACUGAUACAAGACACGAUGAAUACUGUGAUGUUGUUUAUCCAAAUGAUCACCCUGAAUAUCUGAAUAUAAUAGCUGAAUUCUGAUCUUGUCAAUCCUUGCAGCUUUUUCAAUUCUGCUGACUGGAUGUUAAUUCUAGCUUUAGUUUCCUGUUUUUAGUUUCCGAAUAUGAAUGGCAUAUUCCUAAAUACCGCACAUAGAUAAUCCUACCAACUCCUGCUGUCAUGAUUUUUUUGAAUUAUGUAUAGCAAAAGAAAAAAAAAACAUCUGUUAAUGGAAAGUCAUAAUUUUGCAAUAGUUUUCUAUCAAAAUUUUUAAAACCUCUGUUUUCUGUCAAUCUGUAAAGACAAUCGGGCUACUGAAAGUCUUGAACUGGCCUCCACAGUGUCCCGAACUGAAAACUGUAGAGGGGAUGUGCGAUUAAAACAAUACAAUAAUAAAAAACGACUAAAGCUAAAGACAUACUUGACGAAGCUCCUAAAGAAGCCUAGUAUACUGUACUUCAGAACUGUCUCCUCAAGAGAGUGCUCUUGCCUAAAAAAUAUUUGCUCCCACAAGGUAAUAUUUAUUAUUGUUGCAUCUUUAUAUCUGUGCAAAUGCCCAAUAUGCUUUAAAAAUGGAUCUUUAUAAGUGGCCAGAUGACUUACAGUAGGCCAUAAAAACAUCUUGUGUUUGAGUGGUGUGCGUUUGGACCCAGGGGAUGACAGGCACUCUGGAGGACAGAGGAGUAUGUGUCUGUUUGAAAGAGGAAGAAAAAAUCACAGAGACACAAUGUGUGACAGUCACAGCCCUUCACAGCACCGGACACAGUGUGGAAGAGCAUCCCGACAGACACCGGCUUAAGUGGUGCGAAUACUGAUCAACACUGCUGGAAACUGGAAGAGCAGGUGGGACCAUAUCUUUUUUGCUUCACCAAGGUUUUGUUAGAUAGAAAGUGUAACCUGUAUGAACUUUGCUUCUUGGAGUCGAAGCUUUUUACUUUUUGAGGGAUCCUGAUCCACACCUGAGAUGUUGAGUGCUAAAUCUCAGGCCUCAAAUGGGAUUGCAGCGCACUUAUUUUAGCAACGUUUCCACUGCGUGAAAGCAUGUCCAGAUGUUCAAAUCUCAACCCUGAUUGGAGGAUCAUCAAAAAAAGCAAAGCAACUGAAAGACAUGGUUUCCAGACAAGUUCUUAACAAACAGAAGAGCAAACCCUAUUUAAACAUGGAGAAACCUGCCUCCAACUCAAGUCCGUAAGGUAUGGAGAAAGUCAUGCAGGGUCUAAUGCUGGGUCUCCUGACCAAUCACAGCACUCCAAAUGCCACAUCUAGCCAAAGCAAACCAACCCUUCCCAGCGUGGAGGAGGUCAUCCACUCCGAAUCCCAGAUUAAGCAUCUGGUUGGACUCUUUUGCAUGGUGACCCUAAACCUGGCAGCUCUAUUGGGCAACAGUGGAGUCAUGGUGGCAAUUGCCCGAGCUCCUCAUAUGAAGAAAUAUGUGUUUGUGUGUCAUCUCUGUGCAGUGGAUUUGCUUUGUGCCAUACUACUGAUGCCUCUAGGAAUCGUCUCUAGUUCCCCGCUCUUCAGCACUGUAUCGUUUACUGUCCUGGAGUGCCAAGUGUACAUCUUUUUAAACGUGUUCCUUAUCUGUGCCUCGAUUCUUACUGUUACUGCGAUCAGCAUUGAACGCUAUUACUACAUUGUACAUCCGUUGCGUUAUGAGGUGAAGAUGACCCUAAACCUUGCUCUUGGUGUUAUGGUCUUCAUUUGGAUCAAAUCUAUCCUGUUGGCUUUAGUUACACUUCUCGGUUGGCCAGCAUAUGGGAACCAGAGCUCCAUCGCAGCAGCCCAUUGCUCUUUACACUGGAGCCACAGUCGCCUGAGAAAGGUCUUUGCAAUUCUUUUCAGCGUGCUUUGCUUCUUGGUGCCCGCUGUUGUGAUUUUUGCUGUAUAUUGCAAUGUAUAUAAAGUGGCACGAACGGCCGCCCGUCAGAAUGUACCGAUGCCAACCUGGGCGGCCAACCAAGCUAAGCGACGUUCAGAUUCGAUCAACAGCCAGACCACUAUCAUCACCACCACCCGCAGUUUGCCCCAAAGACUGUCCCCUGAGAGAGUAUUUGGGGGCGGAAAGGCUGCUAUCACCCUGGUUGUCAUCGUGGGCCAGUUUCUCAUCUGCUGGCUGCCGUACUUCAGUUUCCACCUUCACAUGUCCAUCACCGCUCCACUACAAAGCCCAGGGGACAUCGAGGAAGCCGUCACGUGGCUUGCGUACUCCUCGUUUGCUGUGAAUCCGUUCUUCUACGGCCUUCUGAACCGGCAGAUUCGCGAGGAGCUGAUCAAACUGAGAAAAUGCUGUGCUAGUAGACCUGUUGAACUGCGAGCUUCUAGUCAUGAAGGUUCCAUCCAGGAAAACUUUCUCCAGUUUCUGCAGAGGACCAGCAGCACGGCUGAGACCACCAGACCCAGUUGUGGAAAUUCUAGCCCAAGGAACACUGUUGAUCAGGGGGCCAGGUUACCUGGACAGAUCCCUGAGGAAUGAUUGAGUAAAAUUCUUGUGUCAUUUUGAAUAAGAAGAGCAUUAGAGUAUGUGCAUGGAACUACUGUAGGUCCAUGCAAAAAUCGCCUGGAAAUGCUCUUUGGACUAGUGUAAUCUACGUAUCUAUAAUUUGUUGUUAUGGUUGCCAUAGAUCAGUGGCAACAGUAAUAAUGUCAUGUUUAAAGGGGCUAUGUGUAGAAUUCAGAAACGCUUGUUAUUAAUGACACCCGUGAACUGCAGCAACUUAUUGCUUGUGCUUGCACUCCUGCACACUGUACAUACAAGAGACUUAAUGUUGUUCAGUAUACAGCUUUUUUUGUUGUUCUCUGAUUAGAAAUAAAAAUGAUUUUGAUACUAUAUUUGCAGCAUAAUAUUGUUAACUAACAUCCAAACAUCAUCGAUUUUUUUCUGAAAGCAAUGUUUUUUUCUAUGAACAUCUGCAGUGCUAUUUCCUCUUUACAUUUUAAACACACAAGAAAAAGAUGACUGAUCUUAGUGAUGGAGAAAAAAUCACUGGCUUCAUGUCAACUGAUUAAGUAAUUAAUUGAUCCAUGGCAGUUUGAUUAUAAGGUAUUUCUGAGAGACAAUAUAAAUCUGGCUCUUAUAUUUUGAAUUAAAUUAGCAUGGCACUUUGACAUUACAGAGUAGUAAACAUCACAGUAUUAUGAUUUCUCAGACAAC